CAAUCAGUGAUUACAGGAUCGUAAGCUUACGGGCGACUCGCCCGUAAGCUCCAACGAGUCGGCAAUAUCGUCCGUGUCACUUUGAUUCAGUUCGCAAUACAUGUAUAACCCCCAGUCCUCAAAGCGAGAGUCACCACCACCCAUGCAUCUCCUCCAUUCAAGCCUGAAAUUGGUGCUUGCCGUUUUUCUCGUCUUCGUAUUGGAUAGGUCCUACGCGGCCAGCAGUGCAAACCCCCUGAGCGCGUCGACUCGUAGCGUUACUGAAAGCGCCACAACAACUAAGAGGUUCCUAAGGCCAGGUGGCGGGGAUAACGAAAGCAGGGCGGCUAACAUCCCAGCCCUUGAAGCGACUAUCAAGGGUGCCUUGCCGAAAUUGAGAAACACAGAGAAGCUGCAGCUGAAAUGGUGGUUGCUUCAAAAGAAGCCAUUAGACAAGUUGCUCCCGAUACUAAAACUUGGCAAUAAUGUGGACGAUAUUCUGACCAACCCGAAGUUGGGCGUGCUGCGGCACUACAUCGCAAAGUUUAACAAGAAGUACCCCGGUGCACCAGCUGCUACAACGGUCGAAACACUGGCAAAGAAAUACGGAGAAGCUGACGUGGCAAAGGUGCUCGAAGUGGGUAAGAAGUCGGAUACAACGAGAGCACUGGCGACGGAGCUACAGCUUGAGCAAUUCACGGUCUGGCUUAACCAGAAACUAUCCCCCGCGGAUGUCUACAAAAGGUUGAAGCUCAACAAUCGAGAAAUUUCACCUUUUGGCACGUAUGUCUUCGAGGCGUGGGUUGGCUAUUUGAACAAGUUUAACGACAAGAGGCUCCGUGAGAAAACACCUAUUACUUUUGUGCUCAAGGAGCUCAAAGCAGUGUAUGGAGAGCGAGCUCUAGCAUCGCUACUGUAUCAGGCGAAGAAUAUGCCAGAUCCGAUGAAGACUGCGGAGUCGUUGCAAUCGAAGCUGUAUGCACAGUGGCGUUUGAAGAAAGUACCAGAAGAUAAAUAUUUCUUUAUACAAGUGCUCAAGGUUACAUCCUCAAAGGCCACCGAGAUGGACAAGCAGAUUCACAGCGACUACCUUGCCUUUCUGAAAGCGAACAAAUGAUUGAAGCCGCUUCUUGCUA